AUUGUCGCCAAACCCAAACUCGUGCCCCCUUCUCUCUGACAAACGCAAAACCAUGAAACGCCGGUUCGAAGGCGGACCAGGAGAACCCGCGGAGGGGGAGAGUCCAAUUCCGGCCCAACCCACGAAGCUCCGAGGUGAGGUUCAGAGUCCUAGUAUUGAUGUAGGUAAGAAUAAAGAAAAAGAUUCUGUUAAAGACUCUCCAACGACUCAUCUCACAAAAGUAGAGGCUGCUCAAGACUCUCAGACUCAAUUCCAGCUUGAGGAGAAGGAUACUGUUCCAACUUUUUUCAAGGAGGACAAUAAUCCCACAUGCUUAGCUGAUGAACUCAUAAUCAAGCCAGGCACAUUUUCCUCUAUGCCCUCUAGUUGUGCAAUUUGCUCUGAGCCUGACCACUGGUAUGAUAUGUGCCCCUGGAGGAAACGGCUCCCAAAAGGCGUAACUCAGGUUGGCAAGGGCUAUGUAGUAGAGUGGGGGCGUGCUGUUCGCCUUAAUUGUGUUCAUUGUUAUGAGAUUGGUACCCACAUGCUUGAUGACUGCCCGGAUUUUAAAAAACUACUUGAGGAAAAUGGAGGGGAUGCGCCCUUGCAUCCCUGUUUGCUCGAUGAUAUACCACUUGCUGAUUGCUGAAGCUGAGGAGGACUGGGUGCAUGUGUGCUGCAGCUUUUGAAUUACCGUUUCAUUUUAGUGCCUUAGGUUACAUAUAUGUUGUUGUGGACCCACGUAUGUCUUGGAAUAAUUAAGCUAGAUAGUUCCGUGUUUCCUGUGCUUAAUUUGGUUGUCCUUUGCAUGUACUCGCCUUGGAGAAUCAUCUGUGCAGCGCCUCUUAAUUUGGAUCGAUGUUUUGCUUUGAUUUGA